AUGGUAUCCGCUGUCGUUCAUCCAGCUUCGACAGAUAUUGAAGCCACUUCCAACGAUAUCGACGCCGUCAAUGUCCUCAAGGCAAACGCGCAGCAAGCCGCAAAGGACCUGUACCAAGAGAAUUUCUAUGCUCAGCAGCACAUCCUACAAACGGUGGCCUUCAAGUGA